AUGAGUUCUGGCCAAGGAGAGGCAUCCCGCUCCAAGAGCAACAAAAAGCAGCAUCACUUGCUGGAGCUGCCAGUUUCAGGGUUUCCAGUUUCUAAACCUCAUGUGAUUUCCUGGCUGGAACGAGGGGAGGAACCAUGGGUCCCAGACCUCCAGGACUCUGAGGAAAGAGAGACCCUGAGAGAUGCCCGCACAGCAGAUGAUGGGAUGGUGAAUGAGGAGGAGAAUCCUCAACGAGAUAAUGCUGAGCAAGUAGAAGCACAUGGGACAUUCUCAGAAAGAUCCAAAGGGAAUGUUUCCUGGAGUUGUGCACAGGCAAACGACUGUGAGAGUCAGCACAGACCAGGGGAAAAGUUCAGUAGAGGCUCAGACCUUAUUAGACAUGAGAGAAUCAACACAGGAGAAACACCGUACAUCUGCCUGGAGUGUGGGAAAACCUUCAAACAUAACAAUGUCUUUAUCAUACAUCAGAGAAUCCACACUGGAGAGAGACCAUACACAUGCCCCGAGUGUGGGAAAAGCUUCAGUCGCAGCUCAAACCUUACCAGACAUCACAGAAUCCACACAGGGGAGAAACCCCACACUUGUCAUGAGUGUGGGAAAGGCUUCGGUCGGAGCUCAGAGCUUACGUUACAUAGGAGAAUCCAUACAGGAGAAAGACCCUACACUUGCUGUGAGUGCGGGAAAAGCUUCAUUCGGAGCUCAGAGCUUAAUAAGCACCAGAGAAUCCACACUGGACAGAGACCCUUCAGAUGUACUGAGUGCGGGAAAGGCUUCAAUAAUAGGUCUCAGCUUGUCACACAUCGGCGAAAACACACAGGAGAGAGACCCUACUCAUGCCUUGAGUGUGGGAAAGGCUUCACUUUUAGCUCACAGCUUGUCUCCCAUCAGCGAAUCCACACAGGAGAGAAACCGUACACAUGCCCCAAGUGUGGGAAAAGCUUCAGUCGCAGCUCAAACCUUACCAGACAUCACAGAAUCCACACAGGGGAGAAACCCCACACUUGUCAUGAGUGUGGGAAAGGCUUCUGUCGGAGCUCAGAGCUUACGUUACAUAGGAGAAUCCAUACAGGAGAAAGACCCUACACUUGCUGUGAGUGCGGGAAAAGCUUCAUUCGGAGCUCAGAGCUUAAUAAGCACCAGAGAAUCCACACUGGACAGAGACCCUUCAGAUGUACUGAGUGCGGGAAAGGCUUCAAUAAUAGGUCUCAGCUUGUCACACAUCGGCGAAAACACACAGGAGAGAGACCCUACUCAUGCCUUGAGUGUGGGAAAGGCUUCACUUUUAGCUCACAGCUUGUCUCGCAUCAGCGAAUCCACACAGGAGAGAAACCGUACACAUGUCCUGAGUGUGGGAAAAGCUUCAGUCGUAGCUCAAACCUUAUCAUGCAUCAUAGAAGCCACACAGGAGAGAGACCCUACACAUGUUCUGAGUGCGGGAAAAAUUUCCGUCUGAGAUCAAACCUUAUCGCACAUCAGAGAAUCCACACAGGGGAGACUCCCUAUAGCUGCCCUGAGUGUGGGAAAAGCUUCCGUCGGAACUCAGAGCUCAUCAUACAUCAGAGAAACCACACAGGAGAGACACCCUACAAAUGCUCUGAAUGCGGGAAAAACUUCAAUCAGAGAGCAAACCUUAUCUCACAUCAGAGAAACCACACAGGAGAGAGACCCUACACAUGCUCUGAGUGUGGGAAAAGCUUCAUUCGGAAAGAAAGCCUUAUCAGACAUCAGAGAAACCACACAGGAGAGAGACCCUACACAUGCUCUGAGUGCGGGAAAAGCUUCAUUCGGCGCUCAGAGCUUAAUAAACACCAGAGAAUCCACACUGGAGAGAGACCCUUCAGAUGCCCUCAGUGCGGUAAAGGCUUCACUUCUAGCUCACGGCUUGUCUCGCAUCAAAAAAUCCACACAGGAGAGAAGCCUUAG